GGAUGUGGGUACACUGAACAGAACAAGGACGACGUCGACACAGGAUGGAGCUCAGCUCACUCUGCCUGAUACUUUCUGCAGCCACACUGAGCAUCCAUCCUCAUAAAUCGCAGUUCUUCCGGUAUGAGGACAUCUCUCUAAACUGUUCGGCGCUGGCGAACUCCACCGGGUGGACACUGAGGAAAAACGGCUCCACUAAGCCGCCCGAGCCAUGCGAGGGUAGCUGCCGCCUCAAGGAUGUGUACCCAUCGGACACCGGCGUGUACUGGUGUGAGUCGGAGCGGGGGCAGUGCAGCAACACCGUCAGCAUCACAGUGACCCCCGGCGUUGUGAUCCUGGAGAGUCCUGCACUUCCUGUGGCGGAGGGAGACAAUGUGACGCUCCGCUGCUACUACAGGGAAAGAUACAACAAGAAUCCUGCAUCCAACUUCUCCGCCGCGUUCUUCAAAAACGACGUGUUCAUCGGCUCCGAGCCUGCAGGAGAGAUGAUCCUCCCAGCGGUGUCCAAAACUGACAAAGGCUUCUACAAGUGUGAACACCCAACGAAGGGAGAGUCCCCGCAGAGCUGGCUGGCUGUGAGAGCUCGGCCUACAGAUGCUCCUCCUCCUCCUCCUCCUCCUCUGAUGAUGAUGAUGAUACCUCUGCCCUGGCUGCUCUGCUGCAUCCUGCUCUUCGUCAUCUGCAAAGCCAUCCUCACAUUGGGUAUCUACAAGUACCGCAGGUGGGCUUGAGCUCGAGCCGAGGCGAAAAGCAGAGCGUCCGAUCAUCUUGUACCAGAACGAUGAAGAUAAAAUGGUUCAUAUGCUGGCAAUAUUCAUAUUUUUGUAGUUAUCUUGUUGUGUAUUACGAUGCCUACAUGCUUUAUUUAACCCUCCUGUUGUCAUCGGGUCAAAUUUGACCCAUUUUUUUCAAAAAGUUUCUAUAUCAUAAAUUUGGGUCUCUUUCAUCCAAAUUGUUAAAAAAAAAAUAACAUGGAUGGUUCCAUACAACGCU